UUUAGGUGGGAUCCGAACAGGCAAGUGGUUGUACAGAUGCAGAAGGCUCUGCUGCCUUGGAAGGGGUUCCAUGGGUUAUAACUGCACGGUGCAGGCUCAGGCUGGGCACACGAUUCGAGGACAGCUCGGUGACACCGCCAGCCUUGGCGUUUCCAGCUGGAUCUCAUCCCUCUCCAGCAAGGAAAACCCUUCCAUUCAUUUCAUGGAUGUCUUGCGUGAGACCUGCACGGGAGCUGAACCCCUCUUGGUCACCUGCUUGCGGAAACACAACAGCAAAACAUUUGCUGCACAAAAAAGCUCAUCGAGUGUGGCAAAAAUGGUGCAUAAAGCACUGCAGUUGUCUGACCACUGCUGGAUAAGAUGCCUCACAUCCCAAAUGCGAGACUUACACUGUUUGCAGUCUGUUCUGUCGAGGUCUGUGGCAAAACCAGUGAAAAACACUGCAACUGUGCAGUGUAUUCAGAGAGUUGUGGUUGUGGAAGACAUAAAACGAUGGAAGUCUAUACUUGAGCUUCCUGGACAACCAAAAGAGAACCUGAUGGAAGCUUUGGAGGAGCUAAAAAAGAAGAUACCUUCCAAGGAAGUGUUACUUUCCACUAAAAUAGGUCACACUGUGAACUCGAUGCGCAAACACCGUGACCCAGACGUGUCCAGCCUCGCCAAGGACAUCUACAGGGAGUGGAGAACCUUCAUCAAGGAGCACUCCAACAGGCCCCCCAUUGAGGUCAGGAGUGAUCCCAAGACCGAGGCUUUCAGGAAGAAUGCUCGGAAGCUGCUCUCUGAAGCCCUGGAAUUAGAGAUUGAUCACCCACUGGCUGAAAAUAUUGAGCGUGAAGCUUUUCAUCUCUGCUCCCGCCUCAUUAGCGCUCCGUAUCGCAGGGCCGUGCGAGCCCUUGUCUUCUCAUUAAAGCACAAACCUGAGACCCGGGCAGGAGUCAAGGAUGGCACACUCACUGUCCCUGCCUUUGUACAGAGCCAUAAAAAGUGAGGUGUUUGUGCUCGAUCCCGAGGGAGAACUUCCUGUGCCUGCAUCUCCAUGGAGCUGGGAGCCCUUCCUGCGGUGAGGGGAGUGCAGGUGACUCCCUGGCACCCCUCUGUGAACAGGUCUGCUGGAGGGAAGAACUAAUGAUGGAAUGGGUGCUGUAAAUCUGACUUGGUAGAAAUCCAUGUGGGCUUGUUGCAAGGAAAGUUUCUUCUGCUCUUCUGUGUAUUUUCAUUCACCUGUUUCUCUCUUCUGCCCGUUUGUUGUAGCUCAGUUUAGUUCCAUCCCUGACGUGCAUCUUCAGGUGUAAUCAGCUGAAUAACCCUUUUGAAGGAGCAGCUCUAUGCUGUGCUGGCUGGAAAUACUGGGAAUUAUGGGUAAUUGGUCCAUGGGAGGGGAUUCCUGGAGGAUAAUUGCAAACUCUAGUUAACCUUAAAUCAGCCAAGUCUGCUGCAGCUGGACCCUGCCUGUGGCAAGAGCUGUUUUGCCACAGUGAUUUCCCUUUGCUGCAUUCCAGAGCUGGAUGCAAAAUGGAUUUCAGUUACUUCCAUCAUCUCAGCCAUCUUGUGAUUUGGGCAUUUUCUAAAGCCCGGGGUAAAGGUGCUGUCUGAUGCCUCUGCUGUUCAAGGAGCAGCUCGUUCAGCCUUCCAGACCUCACUCAUGAUGUCAACAUGGUGCUUGUUCUUACUGUAAUGUGAAAAAAUCUUGUGAUGAAUUUUGUAAAUAAAAUAUUUCUUUUAAA